GCUGCCCCUCAUCGGCAACAUCCACGCCCUGGGCGCGGAGCAGCCGCACAUCUACAUGCGGCGGCAAAGCCAGAUCCACGGGCAGAUCUUCAGCCUUGAUCUGGGUGGCAUAUCUGCUAUUGUACUGAAUGGCUAUGAUGCAGUCAAAGAGUGCCUCGUUCAUCAAAGCGACAUCUUUGCAGAUAGACCCUCUCUUCCCUUGUUUAAGAAGCUGACAAACAUGGGAGGCUUACUGAACAGUAAAUAUGGCAGAGGAUGGACAGAACACCGCAAAUUAGCUGUAAAUACCUUUCGACUUUUUGGAUAUGGUCAAAGGUCCUUUGAACACAAAAUUUCAGAAGAAUCUGUGUUUUUUCUUGAUGCCAUUGAUACAUACAGAGGCAGGCCAUUUGAUCUUAAGCACUUGGUAACAAAUGCUGUUUCAAACAUUACCAAUUGGAUUAUUUUUGGAGAACGUUUCACAUACGAAGAUACUGAAUUUCAGCACAUGAUUGAGAUUUUUAGUGAAAAUAUUGAACUAGCUGCUAGUGCUUCUGUAUUUUUGUAUAAUGCUUUUCCUUGGAUUGGUAUCUUGCCAUUUGGGAAACACCAGCAGCUGUUUAAAAAUGCAGCUGAAGUCUAUGACUUUCUGCAGGAGCUUAUUGAACGUGUCUCUGAAAACAGGAAGCCUCAGUCGCCUCGACAUUUUGUAGAUGCAUAUUUAGAUGAGAUGGAUUGCAAUAAAAAUGAUCCAGAGUCUACAUACUCAAGAGAAAACUUAAUUUUCUCAGUUGGAGAACUCAUCAUAGCUGGGACAGAAACCACAACAAAUGUUUUAAGAUGGGCAGUGUUAUUUAUGGCUCUUUAUCCAAACAUUCAAGGACAAGUUCAAAAAGAAAUCGAUUUCAUUAUUGGCCCUAACAGAAUGCCCAGCUUCGAAGAGAAAUGUAAGAUGCCCUACACUGAGGCUGUGCUGCAUGAAGUGCUAAGGUUCUGCAAUAUAGUCCCGCUAGGUAUUUUUCACGCCACUUCCAAAGACACUGUGGUGCGUGGUUACUCCAUUCCUGAAGGCACCACAGUCAUCACGAACCUCUACUCCGUUCAUUUUGAUGAAAAAUACUGGAGCAAUCCAGAGGUGUUUUCUCCAGAGAGGUUUCUGGACAGCAGUGGACAGUUUGUCAAGAAAGAGGCACUUAUUCCUUUCUCACUAGGGAGAAGACACUGUCUUGGAGAGCAGCUAGCUCGAAUGGAAAUGUUUUUGUUUUUCACUUCAUUACUACAACGAUUUCACCUGUGUUUUCCUCACGGUGUGAUUCCAGAUCUCAAACCAAAAUUAGGCAUGACGCUACAACCACAGCCAUACCUCAUCUGUGCCAAAAGACGCUGAAGAGAAGGGUCCAGACUGUCAGGGGCGGCACAGUGCUCCAAGUUGCAGCUGGAGAACCACUUUGCCUUCUGUUUCACAGCAGGAGAACAAAAAUGUAAGGGACUUGCAGAGAAAUUUUAUUUAUGCACAAGUUUAUAGUUUGUUUUUAGAAUCAUAGAAUGGUUUAGGUUGGAAGGAACCUCAAAGACAUCCAGUUCCACUCCCCACCAUAGGCAGGGACACCUCCCACUAGAACAGGUCGCUCAAGGCCUCAUCCAGCCUGGUCUUGAACACCUCCAGGGAGAGAGCAUCCACAACCUCCCUGGGCAGCAUGUUCUAGUGUCUCACUACCCUCACUGAAAAGAACCCUUCCUAGUAUCUAGUUUAAAUCUCCCCUUUGCCAGUUUAAACCCAUUAUUCCUCGUCCUGUCAUUACAAGACCUUGUAAACAGUCCCUCCCCAGCCUUCCUGUAGGCCCCCUUUAGAUACUGGAAGGCUACUGUAAGGUGUCCUCAAAGCCUUCUCUUCUCCAAGCUGAAGAGCCCCAACUUGCCUGUCCUCACAGCAGAGCUGCUGCAGCCCUCUCAUGAUCUUCAUGGCCCACUCUGAACUCACUCCAACAGUUUGACGUCCUUCUAGUGUUGGGGGCUCCAGAACUGCACACAGGACUCCAGGUGGGGUCUCACAGGAGCAGAGUAAAGGGGAGAAUCCCCUCCCUUGCCCUCGUGGCCACGCUGCUCUUGCUGCUGCCCAGCACAGGGUUGCUGUCUGGGCUGCACUCACACUGCCAGCUCAUGUUGAGCUUUUCAUCACCCCAGAUCCCCAGGUCUUUUUCCUCAGGGCUGCUCUCAGCCAUCUGCCACCCAGCCUGAAUUUGUGCUUGGGAUUGUGCCGACCUAGGUUCAGGACCUUACACUUGGCCUUGCUGAAUGUCAUGAGGUUGGCCUGGGCCCACCUCUCCAGCCCGUCCGGGUCCCUCUGGAUGGAUCCCUUCUCUCUAGCAAGUCGACUGUGCCACACAGCUGGUGUGAGCUGCAGCCAUGCUGAGCACACACUCAAUUGCUCUGUCCAUCUCGCUGACAAAGACGCUGGUCCCAGCACUGACCCCUGAGGGACGCCACUUGUCACUGGUCUCCAGGUGGACAUCGUGCCCGUGAUCACAAUUCUGCGUGUGACCAUCCAGCCAGUGGUCCACCCAUCAAGUCCCAUGUUUUUCCAGUUUGGUGACCAGGAUGUCAUGUGGGAGAGAGUCAAAUGCCUUACUCAGGUCCAGGUUUUUACUUGGCUUUAACAAAGAAAAUACACUCAACCAAAACUGUGGAAUACAUCCUUUGAAGUUGACAUUUUCACUCCUGCAGUCUUUUGAAUCUACCUUCUGAUUCAGCUGUUAAGCAUUUCAUUCCUUAGCUAUUUUACUUAGAGGAUAUUUUCACAAGGAUGGAGAAUAUGGGUCAAACUUCACUUGGAUUCAUCCAUGGAAAUUUCCUUUAUGUCAUUCCAGCUAAGAUAUUCCAUAGAAUUGUCCAUUAUGUUUAUACAGCUAAAAGGUUUUAAAUUUCUGUAACUCAGAAGAAAUUCUCUUUUCCAGCCACGACAAACAAAUUGUCUAUUAAAGCCUUUUAAUCCUUCCUUCUCCUU